UGAGUCUUCCGAGGAUUCGAGUGAGCAUGGUCAAAAUGAUUAUCUUCAGUGUCAAAUUUUAAGGUGUCAACUCACUGUUGCACAAGCCGAGACCUCACGUUUAGAAACCGAACUUUCUGUUGCUAAGUCUAAAAUUUCUGGUUUAGAAUCCAAACUUUCUGUUGCGGAAGCAAAAAUCACGAGUUUAGAGUCUAUACUUUCUGUUGCGGAAUCCAACAAUUACGUCGCCCAUCUUGAAAAUAACAAACUUCGUUCCAAGUUCUCCUUCAUUGAAUUAUUAUUAUAUUAUCAUUUAAUAUCUAGAUUUUAUUUCGACAUUGUGUUAAGAGAGUUCUUCGAUCAAAAUGCUUAG